AGGCGGAAGUGUGGAGGCGCCGGCCGGUUAGGACCACCGCACCCUGCGGGUGGCGGUGGGAGUGGGGGGGCCUCCGUGGGGAGCCAGUGUGGAUCGAGUGCGGGGGCCGGAUUCCCCGCCCCCUCCGCGCGGCCGACUCCGCGGUGAUUUAAAGGUCCUGGGUGGCGGCAGGGGGUCCAGCUGUAAAAUGUCAUCCCAGCCAGUGUGACAUCACCGCAGUCCAGUGUGACACCCGCGGAGAUUGGGCAGCGCGCGGGGCGGCAGCGCGCGGGCGGCAGCGGCUUCCCGGGAAGCCCCCCUGCCGGCGAGCAACGACCUCAGUUUGGGCUUCAAGGUUUCGUUGCCCGCACGGAGACGUUCUAGCUGAGCGGCCUCGGCGUGCGCGACCUGGCAGCCUCCGCGCACCUCGGGAGCGCCCAGGAGGCCCCCGCGCUGCCCGCCAUCGGUCCCUGUGUGUGCUUCGGGAAGUGAGAGACAACACCUGUGCCCCGGACCCAGCCCCUCAAAACGGGCGCUGAGCAAAUGCUGCCAUAACGUCCUUGCCCCUCCCAGGAGAGUGGGACUGGGUACUCGGGAAGCCGGUGCGUCGGGCACGCUGCGUUCUGGAAAAAAUGGACACUGUGAAAACUAGGUUAGCCUGAAAGAAAGACUGUUGCCACCUCCCGGAGUCAGGAGAUUCUGUGGGACUUCACCUGUACCUCCUCCUGCCGUGUGAAGUGUUCCUACUCCUGAAGUGGGGAGCGUUUUUAGAGAGACGCUGAAGCAUCCCAAGUCGGCCAGUCAAGAAGCCAGACUCCCAUUCUGAGCUAAAGACGCAUUUCUGGAUUCAAACCACUCCGGCAUUUGUAGAACUCUGCCCUCCUGUCCCCGCUCUGCGCGUCCGAGGCUGUGACGGAUCGCAGAUCUCCACCGGACUCCACCCCGCCCCAGCCCCCGGGUACCUGCAGCUGACGGUGCACGAGGUUCCCCCGUCCGGGCUGGGAGGAGCCCGCGGGGGCUGCCCCUGGCCGGGAGACGAUGCCGUACCGAUGCCUGGGCUCCGAGGACGUGGUGAAGGAGCUGAAGAAGGCUCUGUGCAACCCGCACAUUCAGGCGGAUAGGCUGCGCUACCGGAAUGUCAUCCAGCGAGUGAUUAGGCACAUGACGCAGGGCUUGGACAUGUCCGGUGUUUUCAUGGAAAUGGUGAAGGCGAGUGCCACUGUAGAUAUUGUUCAGAAGAAGUUGGUUUAUCUGUACAUGUGUACAUACGCCCCCCUGAAACCAGAUCUGGCUCUUUUGGCUAUUAAUACGCUGUGCAAAGACUGUUCGGAUCCCAAUCCGAUGGUGCGAGGGCUGGCAUUACGGAGCAUGUGUAGCCUUAGGAUGCCUGGUGUGCAGGAAUAUAUCCAACAGCCUAUUCUCAAUGGCCUGCGAGAUAAAGCUUCAUAUGUCAGGAGGGUGGCGGUCCUUGGUUGUGCCAAGAUGCAUAAUCUUCAUGGAGACUCUGAAGUGGACGGUGCUCUGGUAAAUGAGUUAUACAGUUUGCUGCGUGACCAGGAUCCAAUUGUGGUUGUGAAUUGCCUGAGGUCUCUAGAAGAAAUUCUGAAACAGGAAGGAGGUGUUGUCAUCAACAAGCCCAUCGCCCACCAUCUCUUAAAUCGAAUGCCAAAACUGGACCAAUGGGGCCAGGCUGAAGUAUUGAACUUUCUGCUACGCUAUCAACCCCGCAGUGAGGAGGAGCUGUUUGACAUUCUCAAUCUGUUAGACAGCUUUCUCAAGAGCAGUAGCCCUGGUGUGGUGAUGGGGGCCACAAAACUCUUCCUAAUCUUGGCAAAAAAAUUCCCCCAUGUACAAACAGAUGUGCUUGUGCAAGUCAAGGGACCUUUGCUGGCUGCCUGUUCUUCAGAGAGUCGUGAGCUCUGUUUUGCUGCUCUAUGUCAUGUGCGUCAGAUCUUGCAUAGUUUGCCCGGUCACUUUAGCAGCCACUACAAAAAAUUUUUUUGCUCCUACUCGGAGCCCCACUACAUCAAGUUACAGAAGGUGGAGGUGCUGUGCGAGCUGGUGAACGACGAGAAUGUACAGCAGGUGCUAGAGGAGCUCCGAGGGUACUGUACAGAUGUGUCAGCCGAUUUUGCUCAGGCCGCCAUCUUUGCCAUAGGUGGUAUUGCCAGGACCUACACAGACCAGUGUGUGCAGAUUCUAACAGAGUUGCUGGGGCUUCGACAAGAGCACAUUACCACAGUGGUGGUGCAAACUUUCCGAGACCUGGUUUGGUUGUGUCCUCAGUGUACGGAAGCUGUGUGUCAGGCUCUGCCCGGCUGUGAGGAGAACAUUGAGGAUAGCGAGGGGAAACAGGCACUUAUUUGGCUCCUUGGUGUCCAUGGAGAAAGAAUUCCCAAUGCUCCCUACGUGUUAGAAGACUUUGUGGAGAAUGUGAAGUCAGAGACAUUUCCAGCGGUGAAGAUGGAGCUACUGACUGCACUGCUGCGCCUUUUCCUCUGCCGACCUGCUGAGUGCCAGGACAUGCUGGGGCGUCUGUUACAUUACUGCAUAGAGGAAGAAAAGGAUAUGGCAGUACGGGACCGGGGUCUCUUCUAUUAUCGCCUUCUCUUAGCUGGCAUUGAUGAAGUGAAGCGGAUCCUGUGUAGCCCUAAAUCUGACCCUUCUCUUGGACUUUUGGAGGAUCAGACGGAAAGACCUGUGAAUAGCUGGGCCUCAGACUUCAACACACUAGUGCCGGUCUAUGGCAAAGCCCGUUGGGCAGCCAUCUGUAAAUACCAGGGGGCAGAGCAUCGGGGCCCAGAGCUUCCUAACACUGCAUCCUUUGCCACCUCAGGUCCCCUGAUUCCUGAAGAGCACAAGGAGACAGUACAAGAACUCCCAGAUUCUGGAGCCCUCAUGCUCGUCCCCAAUUGCCAGCUUACUGCUGAGUAUUUUGAGAAAACUUGGUUUAGCCUGAAAGUUGCUCAUCAGCAAGUAUUCCCUUGGCAGGGAGCAGUCCAUCCUGACACCCUCCAAAUGGCCCUACAAGUAGUGAACAUCCAGACCAUCGCAAUGAGCAGGGCUGGGGCUCACCCGUGGAAAGCCUACCUCAGUGCUCAGGAUGACACCGGCUGCCUGUUUCUAACAGAACUGCUGUUGGAGCCCGAGAACUCAGAAAUGCAGAUCUCUGUGAAACAGAAUGAGCCGAGGACAGAGACACUGAACGGUUUUAUUUCUGUAUUAGAAACUGUGCUUGGAACCAUUGGAGACAUAAAAUCCUAACAGAUUCUUGCUGCCUGUCCUAAGUGAGAUAGUAGCUAUCAGAGUUCUAGUUUUUCUGAUUAGAAUUGCUUGAAGUCCAGAUAUUAUCAAAUGCAAAAGAGAAUGGACAAUCUCAGAAUCAGGAUUCUUAUGUUUUUGUCCAAAGACAAUUGACUUCUUCCUCUCAUACCUCUAGGUGAAUGACCCCAUUUUUCCAGGUGUUGUUGAAAAGGUUAAUGUUGGUAAGGGGAUGGGAUGGGGUGAGGAUAGGAUUUGGAUUCUUUUCUAAUCCAUUUUAGGGAUUGUUUUAACUAAUUAAAGAUGCUCAAUGUUUAUGGAAACUGA